UAUGACUUCUAUUAUUACGUUCUUAUUCUUUUUAUUAUUAUUUUUAUCACCUAUUGAGCUUAAUUAGUAUUUUAUUUUGUGAUAGGUGUUCGGUUCGGGAAAAGGAAUUACAAGGCCAAGUAAUAAACAAUCCAAGUCAAAGGCUACAAGAAAAUAAGAGCCCAAAUCUAAGUGUUUACUCCUUCUCCAAGCAAAAAUCCCAAGAUAAAUCAAGCUUAUAUUAGGAGAUUAUUUUCUUUCCUUGUUAUUAUAUCAUUAGCGGGGAUAUAAAUCUCCCUAAUUCCAUAAUACUAGGGGGAGGCGGUGAGAGCUACAUCUGGGCAGCCACACAAACACAAAUCUCAUUCACACAAUAGCUUUAGGUUUAGUUUUAUUUUCAAUUCCACCCGUUUUGUACACGAUUCGUCGGUGACAGCGGCGCUCAUCGUUUACUAUUGGUUUGUUUGGCUUGAUUUCGUUUCGGAAUUCACUCAAUUGCAAAUUUUAUUGGUAUUUUCGUUCUACAUCUUUAAUCAAUUCAAUUUUAUUUCUUGUUAAUCAUUUUUAUAUAGAUAAUCACAUAUAUGAUUUCAUUGUCGUACAUUUGGUAUUGUUAGUUUCAAUUCCUUCAACUCCCAAUUCUCUGCACUACUAAAUUUAAUUGAAGUUUCUACUUUUCAUUUUCCUGAUUUCAUCAUUUGCUUAAUUGUUUUGCUCGAUUGCGAUGCUUAACGUCAAUUCUAGUCUUUGGCUAUUGCUAGUGCUUUCUUAUAUCAAUCAUUCCUCUAAUUCUAAAUCUUACAAUCAUUUAAUAUGCUUACUAGUUAUUAGGCCCGGGAUAUGCCCCGGGUAAGGAAAAUUUUCAUUUAUUAAUAUUAUACUUUAAAAUGAUAACAUCAAAUAUCACUUGGUCUAGUGGUUAAAACUCUAGUAUAUAAACUUGAAGUCACGAGAUCGAAUCCUACACUAUGCAAUUUCUAAUUUUUUUGGUUGUAUGUGGAUUACAUAAAGUAAAAUGAACUUAGGGAGAGCGCCACGUGGCACCGUUCCUUGUUUAGGAACGCCUUUUAAUAUAUUAGUAUAGAUUUACAGUAGCUUCAGUGCGAGAGAUUUUGAUUUUGUAAUUAUUAUAAUUAUAGUCUUGGUUUAUUAUUCAAGGUACUAGUGUUAGUGCUUAUAGUUUAGUUCUUAUUGAUAGAUUAAUCACAUUUAUAUCAUUAGUUUAAUAUUAGUUUGGUUAAGCAUAUAUAAUUUGCAUAAUAGAAAGUUCAUAUAAUCAAUUGAGUAAUUUAAUUAAGUAUUAACAUCCUUGUGGGUUCGACCCAUAUUUGCUAGUGAUACUAUAUUGUACACCGUGCACUUGCGGUAUUAGUUUCUAUUCAUACAAGUUUUUGGCGCCGUUGCCGGGGAUGUUGCAUAUUAAGUUUUGUUACUCACUUGAUUUUAGUUCCUCUUUUGUGAUCACGUCUAGUUGUUCUAUGUUGCUUUAUAUGGUGUUUAAUAGUAGUAAUCAUGGUUAGUAUUGCUUACUAGAGUUAAAUUUCAUGGUUACAUGAUGUAGUUAAACUAUUAGUUUCUUUAGUAGGCGGUUAGUUAUAUUGUGACUUAUUAUUUUUCUUUGUUUGUUAGUAUAAUUUAGUAGUUUGUGUUUCGGUUUUUACUUAAAUUUUUUUAAAAAAUAUUUUUUAAAAAAAUAUUUUUUUUAAAGGGGUUUUACAAUGGUAUUAUCUUCUUUCCCCCAAGAAAAUGGUGAAUUCUUUUGGAGGUACUUUGUGAAGCUUAGAAAUGUUAUUAAUCAAGGAGGUCAUAAGUUAGAAAAAUGGGAAAUUUGCCAACUAGUUUUUGAUGGCUUAAAUGAUGAAACUAGAGCCACAGUAGAAUCAAUUUGUGAAGGGCAACUUUUAUCAAAAACCUUAGAGGAGGGAUGGAGUUUCUUCGAAUGGUUAGCCCAAGAUACAUAUGACUGGGAAAAUGCUUUAAAUAAUGGGCUUAUGGCUAAUUCUUUAUCUUAUUGCUCAUAUUGUCAUGCAUUCGAUCAUAAAGUUAGUGUUUGUCCUUACUAUUACUCUAACCCAUAUAGUGUUAAUUGUCAAUCUCAUGCAAAUAAUCAUGGAGGAUACACUCACCCUCACUAUUUAGGAAAUAAUCAGUUUAAUGGGAUGAGCUCCUUACCUAGUGUCACAUCUGACCCUUUUAACACUACCUAUUCUAAUAUAUUCAGCCAUGAAGUCAGUAGAGGAGAGUCAUAUCCCACUAUUGAGUCAAAUUUUUCUCCUAGUAACAAUAUGGAUGAAAGGUUAAAUUCUCUUGAUAAUUUGAUUCAAGAUCUAGCAAAAGACAUAGAGAUCUUGACUGAGGUAAUGAAGAGUGAUUGUGAUGGUAAACGAGUUAGUGAGGUUGAACAAAAUAAUUUGACUAAUGAUCCUAGUUCUUUUCAUACACAUUAUUUGUCAGUAGAAUUAGCAGAAUCUGAAGAGGUUAAUGACACUUAGUUAUAUCCUAAUAUUAAUGAGACAUGCUUACUGAAACUUACUGUAGAAAAUACAGAGCCAAACCAAGUUGAUUCAUUUGUUAAUGAGGAUUCUUUAGUAAAUGAAACCUUACAGGAAAAGACUAGUGUUGAUGUUCAAAAGAGUUCUAUUACUCAAACAAUGGAGGUCCUAACUAAAAACAUACAUAAGUUGAGUGAGAUAAAGAAGAGUGAACAUGAUGGAGAAGGUGGUAGUAGAGUAUACCAAUAUGAUGUGAGUAAUGAGCCUAAUUCUUUGCUUACUCCUUAUUUGUCGGAUCACUUAGUAGAGCCUAUACAGAUUAAUGAACCUCAAGUAUAUCUUACUUCUAAUGGGACUUGUUUAAUGAAUCAUAUGGAAGAAAAUAUUGAGGUGGACCAAGCUAAGUCAUUUGUUUUGGAGGAUUCAAUAGUGAAUGAAGCUUUAAAGACUGAUUUUCCUACUGUGAUUACACAAACUGAGGAGAGUUAUACUGAAGGCAUCUAUACUUCUUGUAUUACUCUUGAGGAUACCGAGGGUAACACUAGUGAUGCUUUAGAAGAAAAUUGUAUUGGGCAAUUUGUCUUGUAUGACCCUAAGCAUAAUGUUUUAAUGAACGACUUUGGUGAACAUGAAAAAUCUUUCACCACUGAGAUUACCCUCAAGGCCAAUGCUUCCAAUUUAGACCAGAUUGACCCAAUUCCAACUCAGAAUACUAAGUUAGUUCCUACUCCCUGGACUAUAGUAAUUCAUUUAUCUAACUUUAGCCCUUUUCUAUGCCUACCUAAGCUCCUUAAGCAUUGUAUUUUGUUACCUCAAGUUCUUAAACUCAUAAAACAUAACUUUAGUUCAAAGCAAGAACCAGAGCGUAAACUACAACAGGGUCUGAAUGAUGAUAAUAAAAGUGAUAUAUGUGUUUUAGGUGACAUUAUAUGCUUAAAACCUUCUUACAGUUCUGCUGUCCAGAACCAUAUUCACCAAUAUGAAUACCUUAUGAUGAUUAAACGAGCACAUCUCUAUGGCAGUCAAUAUGAUUACUCUAAAACUUUUGACAAGCUGAAAAGAACAUUAACUGCUAUCUCUAUGUUUAUUUCAUUAUAUGCUUAUCUCCAAUUCUCUGAGUUUUGUGCACAGGCUUUUGACAAGCUUCUCCGAGCUCUAGCGACUUAUAAUUUGAGAAGCUAAAUGGAGCUGAGAUCGCUGUCACCUAGCAAGAAUAUGAUAAUUCAGCUUGCAGAUUAUGGUUUCAUUGUUAAUGACUACAGGGGAAGAGGCUUAAAGAAUAUCUUAAGAUGUUCCUCCAAGAUCGAGCUUGUCGGAGGAUGAUGUCGAGUAUGAUUAGUACCUAUUGAUUCUUUGACGUCGACUAUGAAGGCUGAUAGGCAGUGUUCGGUUCGGGAAAAGGAAUUACAAGGCCAAGUAAUAAACAAUCCAAGUUAAAGGCUACAAGAAAAUAAGAGCCCAAGUCUAAGUGUUUACUCCUUCUCGAAGCAAAAAUCCCAAGAUAAAUCAAGCUUAUAUUAGGAGAUUAUUUUCUUUCCUUGUUGUUAUAUCAUUAGCGGGGAUAUAAAUCUUCCUAAUUCCAUAAUACUAGGGGGAGGCGGUGAGAGCUGCAUCUGGGCAGCCACACAAACACAAAUCUCAUUCACACAAUAGCUUUAGGUUUAGUUUUAUUUUCAAUUCCAUCCGUUUUGUACACGAUUCGUCGGUGACAGCGACGCUCAUCGUUUACUAUUGGUUUGUUUGGUUUGAUUUCGUUUUGGAAUUCACUCAAUUGUAAAUUUUAUCGGUAUUUUCGUUCUACAUCUUUAAUCAAUUCAAUUUUAUUUCUUGUUAA